AUGGUGAAGUUCUACGAGAAUGCUUUUUCUUACGAUUACCAAUGGCCAGCAGUAACACUUGCCUACUUCCUCCGCUACCCUAAUCCUUACUCAACCCACGUCAUUUCCACUGACACUCUCGCUUCCGAACUCGACCCCGUUACUGGGAACCUCCACCUAACCCGUCUCCAUCUCAAACGUGGAAAGCUUCCUGCUAGCGUCGCCCGCUUCCUCCCUAAAAUCAAGGAAUCCUAUAUCCUCGAGCACUCAGUCGUCGACGUCAAGAACCAGCGUCUCGAGACCGAAACCCGCAAUCUCGACUGGGAGGGAGUCCUAUCGGUCGUUGAGUCACAAGUUUACACGCCCUCAGCCGAACGGACUACCCGCGACGGAAAAACAGACGUGCAGACAAUUGUGCGUUUCGAGUCGCGUCUUGGGAGCGGAAAGGUUGUGAAGGAUGUCGAGGAGAAGCGCGGCUUCUUCAGUAAUUGGACGACGGGAUCAGUUCAGAGGAGCAUUGAGCUAGUUGGGGUACGAAGAAUGAGAGAGGGGUUGGGCAGGAGCAGGGAGGGCAUGAAAGUUGUCUUGGAGCAACUAAGGGAGAGGGGCAUGGUUGGUGUGCUCCGGGAGCAGAGAAAAGGCGGGUGGGAAAGGUGGAAGAAGGCCUGGAGGGGCGAGGGGGAGCUAAUGGACGAUUUGCCGAUUGAGAGGAAGUGA